GUGUGUGGUGGGGGGUUGUGUAGAGUGUGUAUGUCGGUUUGUGUACAGUGUAUGUGUGUGUUGCUCAGGUUCGACAUUGCACUGCAAAUAAGUAAAAGCAGACUCUGUCUCGGACGCGACGUCACUCUGCGGCACCGUCGGGAGCGCGCCGGGCGCGGUCACGAUGCAUGGGAGGGGUGAAGAGGGAGCGCGCAGUCUCGGGCGCGAGCACUUUGCCGGAGCCGGUGCUGCUGCUGCUGCUGCUGGGAGAAGAUCCACUAUAAGGAUUUAAUUUUCUUUAUUAUUUAUUCAAUUCGCUCAAUUUUACACCGACAUCACUAAGCGGCCAACAUGCGCGAGAUCGUUCACCUGCAGGCGGGACAGUGCGGAAACCAGAUCGGAGCCAAGUUCUGGGAGGUGAUCAGUGAUGAGCAUGGCAUUGAUCCCACUGGAACCUAUCACGGAGACAGCGACCUGCAGCUGGACCGCAUCAGCGUCUACUACAAUGAAGCCUCAGGAGGGAAGUAUGUUCCUCGUGCCAUCUUGGUGGAUCUGGAACCAGGAACCAUGGACUCUGUUCGAUCUGGACCUUUCGGACAGAUCUUCAGACCAGACAACUUUGUCUUUGGCCAGAGUGGUGCUGGGAAUAACUGGGCCAAGGGCCACUACACGGAGGGAGCCGAGUUAGUGGACUCCGUCCUGGAUGUGGUGCGUAAGGAGGCUGAGAGCUGCGACUGUCUGCAGGGUUUCCAGCUCACCCACUCUCUGGGCGGUGGCACCGGCUCUGGCAUGGGCACGCUGCUAAUCAGCAAGAUUCGUGAAGAAUACCCCGACCGUAUCAUGAACACCUUCAGUGUGGUGCCCUCGCCCAAAGUGUCUGAUACAGUGGUGGAACCCUACAACGCCACGCUGUCUGUGCACCAGCUGGUGGAGAACACUGACGAGACCUACUGCAUCGACAAUGAAGCUCUGUAUGACAUCUGCUUCCGUACGCUCAAACUGACCACACCCACUUACGGUGAUCUGAACCACCUGGUCUCGGCCACCAUGAGUGGAGUCACGACUUGCCUCCGCUUCCCGGGGCAGCUGAAUGCCGAUUUGCGCAAGCUGGCCGUCAACAUGGUGCCGUUCCCACGUCUCCACUUCUUCAUGCCUGGUUUUGCACCCUUGACCAGCAGGGGGAGUCAGCAGUACCGCGCCCUUUCCGUCCCUGAACUGACACAGCAGAUGUUCGACGCGAAGAACAUGAUGGCUGCCUGUGACCCGCGUCAUGGCCGUUACCUCACCGUCGCAGCCGUGUUCCGCGGACGCAUGUCCAUGAAGGAGGUCGACGAGCAGAUGCUCAACGUCCAAAACAAGAACAGCAGCUACUUUGUGGAAUGGAUCCCCAACAACGUCAAAACGGCCGUGUGCGACAUCCCGCCUCGUGGCCUCAAGAUGGCCGCCACCUUCAUCGGCAACAGCACGGCAAUCCAGGAGCUGUUCAAGCGCAUCUCUGAGCAGUUCACUGCCAUGUUCAGGAGAAAGGCCUUCCUCCACUGGUACACAGGAGAAGGAAUGGAUGAGAUGGAGUUUACCGAGGCUGAGAGCAACAUGAACGACCUGGUCUCCGAGUACCAGCAGUACCAGGAUGCUACCGCCGAGGAGGGAGAGUUCGAGGAAGAGGGUGAAGAAGAGGCCGCCUAAAUCGAUCCCUCUCCUUCAUCUCAUCCUUUUAUGGUUGCUUCUUUUGUGUUUUCUCACUUACCUUCCCACAUUCCCCCGCUUCUACUUCCUCAGGUGUUUUGUGAAGGUGUGUCUGUUCAAGAUAAACACUCAUUGACGCGUUCUCACUUUUAGAGGUGGAGUAUUUUUUUCCUGUGCUCUCUUGAAGGUAACUUAGUCGGUUAAACUCUUCAGUCUGUUGUUUUCCUGUUGUGGCCGAUGCGAUACUCAGUCUAUAAUACCUACUUGUUUUUAAAAAAUCAAGCAACCUUAACAUCAGCUUAAACUGAAUAAAAUUCUGGUAAAACUCAAGUCUAAGUUGUGUUGUUUUGUGUGAGUGUAUGUGUGGCUAUCACUGUAGCUUACAGUACAAACACCAUAGGGCGCAAUUCAUAUAAAUGCUCUUGUGGUACAAGAUUAAAUUUACUGAGAGGACUGAGCAAGUUCUAGAUAACAAAACAGGUUAAUAAACACGCCAUUGGAAGUUAACCGAGCUAUAUAUUUUUUUAAAGGAAAGAGGAGGAAGAAAAGAGACAGGCUGCUGAAAAGAGAAAUAGCAGCUGCGAUACAGGAAGUCCUCCUGUUGAUUUCCUCUCGACGUGUCUGCUCAAAAGUUGACGCGUGUGAGAGAGAGCUUGAGGAAUACACACGUUUUUACACACAGUUGGUGAAUUCACAUGUAAAUGAAGUGCAUGCCAUUGACUUGAAAAUGUGAACAGGCAGGACAGGGCCUCAGCAUGUAAAUAUGUGUUUAUAAGCAGAUAUUUAGAAAGAUUUACACGAAACAAAACGUACACACACACACGCUCGGUUUUGGCAUAAAAUAAAUCAUAAAAUCAGUUCUGAAAGAGGAAGAAUACGGGAAAAGGCUUGAGACGCGACGAGAAGGAAACGACAGCACAAGCAACACACGCAUGAUUCUCCGCACAGAUCAGGAAGU